UUUUUUUUAAAUUGGGGAUGAAAAAUAUCGAGAACGGAUGUUCAGUUUUCAUUGACCAAUCAAGUAAUAGCUUAGAAAAUGAAACGAAGUGGUACGAGAGUCGUGAUUGGAUGCUUCGAUAUUUCGAGAAAGAACAAGAUGGCGAAAGUGAUCUUCUCUCGCAUUCACCGGAACAGCAAUGGAAAAUGAAGGCAUGUUCUGGAACGUGCGUACAGAUGAUGUGCCAAAUGUCGAAUACAUUCCAAUGAAUAAUUUUGAAUCUUUUGAUUGCUAUGAAAAUAAUGAUCAAUAUGGUUCUUUAAAGCUAAGUGGAGAAAUGAAUGACAUCAGUAGUGCUGAAGAGGAAACACCUCCUGUUCCACAAACAAGCACACCUACUACAUAUCUGGAUGAAAAAAUUGAAAUACCAAGAGAUGAAAGAGAUGAUUAUUCGUUUAGUUUUUAUCGUCUAUGGGCAUUUACUGGUCCUGGCUUUCUGAUGAGCAUCGCCUACCUGGAUCCUGGUAACAUUGAGUCUGAUCUACAAUCAGGAGCAAUUGCUAAAUAUAGGCUUCUAUGGAUCUUAAUGUUGGCAACCAUCAUGGGUCUUUUGAUGCAGAGACUUUCACUGCGUCUUGGAACAGUAACAGGUCGUCAUUUGGCUGAAGUGUGUAAUGAAAGAUAUCCUCGCAUUCCACGAAUCAUACUGUGGGUCAUGGUGGAGAUUGCUAUUAUUGGUAGUGAUAUGCAGGAAGUAAUUGGAACAGCUAUUGCCUUCAACCUGCUGUCAGAUGGAAAAAUUCCCUUGUACGCUGGUGUCCUGAUCACCAUAACAGACACAUUUAUCUUUCUGUUUCUUGAUAAAUAUGGUCUGCGAAAGCUAGAAUUAUUUUUUGGGAUCCUCAUAACGACUAUGGCUGUCUCAUUUGGCUAUGAGUAUAUUGUUGUACUACCAGAACAGGGAGAAGUUGUCAAAGGACUCUUUAUACCAUAUUGUAAAGACUGCGACCACAAGGCCAUAUUACAGGCUGUGGGAAUUGUUGGUGCUGUUAUUAUGCCACAUAAUAUGUACCUACAUUCAGCACUUGUUAAGUCAAGAGAGGUAGACAGGACAAAGGAACUUGCUGUUAAAGAAGCAAAUAAGUAUUAUUUCAUAGAAUCAGCCAUUGCUUUAUUUGUUUCAUUCCUAAUAAAUGUCUUUGUGGUAGCAGUAUUUGCCGAGGCUUUUUAUGACAAGAAAUACAUUGAUGUGGCAAAAAUGUGUAAGCACCAUGGAAUUUCACAGGCAGAUAUUUUCAAUGCUACAUUACAUGGUCAUGGGUGGAAUGAUACAAUAGAAGGAGAUUUAUACAAGGGGGGAGUUUUUCUUGGUUGUAUGUUUGGUGUAGCAGCUCUUUAUGUUUGGAGUGUAGGCAUACUUGCUGCUGGUCAAAGUUCUACAAUGACAGGCACAUAUUCUGGACAAUUUGUUAUGGAGGGAUUUCUGAAUAUCUCAUGGGCACGAUGGAAGAGAGUGCUGUUCACUCGUAGUAUAGCCAUAGCACCAACUCUUGCUGUUGCCUUUUUUGAAGGGGUUGAUGACUUGACGGGAAUGAAUGACUUUCUUAAUGUACUACAGAGUUUACAGUUACCGUUUGCUCUCAUCCCUGUCCUUCAUUUUACAAGUGACCCUGAAUUAAUGAAGUCCUUUGUGAAUGGAAUUAAAAUGAAAGUAGUUGCUUGGGGAUUAUCUAUCCUAGUCAUAGGAAUUAAUACAUAUUUUGUAGUAUCUUAUGUGGGGCAGUUACCUCACAAUGCUGGUCUGUAUUUUUUCAUCGCUUUGAUACUUCUGUUUUAUUUCGCAUUUGUGCUAUACUUGGCAUAUCUUGCUCUUGGCUUUACAUUCUUGGAUUUUAUACCAUGCUUGCGACGACCAGAAAAGAACUAUGAAUUGUAUGAAGACCGCUCCACAACCGCUAGUCCUUUCUCUGACACAGAAGGCAUAAUUCAAGAGGAUGACUGCAUAAAUGAUGAUGAAAAAUCAUAAAAACACAAACAUGCAGAACUCCACUGAGAGCCACUAUUUCUGGAUUCAGUUAACUUCACAUUGCGCUUGAUAGGAACGUACACCAAGUUUUGUAAUAAAAGAUCAUGUCUGAUAA